AUGGGUUUAAAUGAGGAACAACUUCAGCCAUUUAAAGGAACCCCUUCCGGUUUCACUGGCGAAAAGGUGCACGUACGGGGAUAUAUUACCCUAAAAACCAUUUUCGGGUCAGGAGACCAACAAAAGUCAAUAAAAAUAAGAUAUUUGGUAAUAAAUUCUCCUAGCUCGUAUAAUGUGAUCAUUGGUCGCCCUUCCAUCAACCUUUUAGAUGCCUUUGUAUCCACCAAACAUCUAUUGAUGAAGUACCCACUUGAUGAUGGGCGAGGAGGCACGUUGCAUGGUGAUCAAAAAGUAGCACGUGAAUGCUAUCACGCCAGCCUCAAGUUGAAAGUCAAGAGGAGUGAGGAACUCGAAGUUAAGGUUGUUGAUCUUGAUCCCCGUGAAGAAUAUCAGCAAGAACGAAUAGAACCUAUCGAAGCCGUGAAAGAUAUCAUCAUUAGGCCGCUUCCGCACCAAGUCACUAAGAUAGGUACCUCCCUUGAAAAAUUUGAAGAGGAAAGUCUAGUACAACUCCUGCGGGAAAAUGUUGAUUUAUUCGCUUGGGGGCCAUCAGAUAUGCCCGGUAUUGAUAUUGAGGUAGCUUGUCAUCAUUUGGCAGUCAGGCCUUCUGUUAAGCCAGUGGUUCAGAAAAAGCGUAAGAUGGGGGAAGAAAAAAGGAAGGCAGUGGAUGAAGAGGUUAAAAAAUUACAAGAGGCACACUUCAUUAGCGAAAUUAAAUAUCCAACGUGGUUAGUAAACACCGCUCUCGUCAAAAAAGCUUAA